AUGCAUUCCUGGAAUUGGGUGCCUUUAUCCCGCCUUUCAUUUCAAAAUAAUCCUCAUUGCCACUUUUGGUGCAUACAGAAAGUAUAAAACCCUCUGAGUUUGUUCCUCAUUGCCACUCUUUCUUCAUACAUACAGUUUCUUGACUGUAUAUUCAUACCUGAUCUCCAUUCGUUGUUCAUCUGAGGAUUGAGACUCAAUCAGGAUGUUGACCACUGCAGCUCUUAUUCUCAUUGUCACCAGUAAAGUUGUCCUAGGACAGGAUGACAGAAAGUAUUUUGGAGGAGAUAUUAUUCAGUUGGAUAUGGCAGUGAAUUCAGUUGAUGACCGAUAUGAUGGCUGUAGAGAGAAGAUGGAAAACCUGGUGAGAACAAAAUAUCUAAAACAAGAAAUCUGUGCUGACUUAUCUGGCUUUGGAGCAGCUUGGAUAAACAGUACAGGAAAAAUAUCUGAAUCAAGACAAUUGAAAAUGCACCAUUUAAGUGCCAUCACUGUGUACACUGGUCUUACAGUAAACCGUGCAUUCAAUGAUGAUGUUAGGACUGGUAGACAAAAAUACAAAGAAAAGAAAUACACAUGGUAUUCACUUCAUUUUUUGUUGACAGAAGCGAUACAGAUUCUUAAGAAAAAGCAAAACAAAUGUAAAAAAACUUAUCGUGGUACCAAACUUAUGUAUAAUGAAACUGUUCAGGACAAAGAGAUUCGAUUUGGUUCAUUUGCAUCCUCCUCUCUUGAACUUAAAAUAGCAAAGCGGUUUGGAAACGAAUCUUGUUUUGAAAUUGAAACAUGUUAUGGUGCUGAUGUGUCAAAAUACUCCUAUUUACCUUAUGAGAAAGAGGUGCUGAUUCCCCCGUAUGAGACAUUUAAAGUCACUGAAAUAAAGAAGAAAGGUGCCUGGUGUAACACUGUGUUUGUGUUGAAGAGCUCUCGGAUAAAAAGUAACUUAAACUGUGCAGUGGCAUCAGUCGAGCCCAAGAGAUAUCACAAUGUCAUUAUCUCUGACUGAUCUGCAUUUUCCUCUUUAUUUUCUUUCUUUAUAUUAAAGGAACACGCCCACAUUUUGGGAAUUUAGCUUAUUCACCGUAUCCCCCAGAGUUAGAUAAGUCCAUACAUACCUCUCUCAUCUCCGUGCGUGCUGUAACUCUGUCUGACGCAGCCCCCGCUAGCUUAGCUUAGCACAAAGACUGGAAAUGCAUGGCUCCAGCUAGUAUACUGCUCCCAAUAAGUGACAAAAUAACGCGAUCAUUUUCCUAUUUAUGUGUUGUGAUUUGUAUAGUCAAACCGUGUACAAAUAACAAGGUGAUAUGAGACA